GAUAUAAAAAACAUCGAUAGCAAGUCGCGGAGAUAGUCGAUUGUUUUUAAUUACAUAAUUACAAUAACACAUGAUCUUUGUAUCAUUGUGAGGCGUUGAAAAUUUGUGUUAGCAUGUUCUUUAGACCAUUGAUUUCAUUAUCUCUAAGAGCAACAAAUAUAAUAUGCUUGCCCUCUUCUUCACAUUUAAUAUAUUCGCGCAACACAAGUUUUUUUAAUAAGCUACCUGCGGAGGAUAUAUGGCGAGGUGUAACGGCAGUCAGUAAUGCUGGAAAAAAGCGAGGUCGUGGUAAAGGAACUGGAAAGAAAAUGGCCAAGGACUUAAAUAGAGGACAGGCUAUUGGACUUGGAAAAAAAUGUUUAGUCUGGCCGGGAUUAAACGCGCCGAUUAUCCGUGGAAGUGAACUAAUUCAUCAGAAGAAGCAAGCAGAGGAUACGGACAGGGAGACGAAUAUAAAUAAACUUCGAGACUCAAUGGGUACAUUCAAAUUGAUGAAGAUAAACCCAAUAGAUCGUGGGUGGUCGGGAACCAAAAUGCCGGGACGUAGUAUUGGAGCUCCAGAUGCCGUCGAAGAGGAUGAAUUUAAUUCAUUUGACACUCGCGUGCUAGAAAACAAAAUUGUCUUUAUAAUGAAAGGUAACAUGGGCAGAAAACGCAGAUACUCUGUUUUGUCUGUUACGGGAAAUAGUAAGGGCUUGGCUGGUUUCGCCACAGCUAAAGCUCCAGAAGUAAGAACCGCUCUUCGAAAAUCAAAAAACCGCGCAGGGCAAAAAUUGAUAUCCAUUGAUCUGUACGAAAACCGAACCGUUAAUCACGAUUUUUUCACGGCUUUUGGAAAAACUAAGAUAUUUGUCUUCAAAAAACCGGAAGGUUAUGGCUUGGUAUGUCAUCGGGCAAUACAAACAAUAUGCAAGGUGAUUGGAAUAAAGGAUCUUUAUGCUAAAAUUGAAGGCUCGACUAAUUUACAGCACAUCGUCAAAGCAUUUUUCAUUGGACUAAUGCGUCAGAAAACGUAUCAAGUAAUUGCCGACGAGUCCAACUUGCACAUUGUGGAACAAAAAGUAGCUAAAAACGGAUUUGCUGAAAUUAAAGCAAGUCCCAUUAUAAAGUCGAAAAUUACAGAAAACGAUCGAUUGAUAGACUUUAUGCAGUUUACUCUAGGAAAUAAAAUUGUCCUGCAAAAAAAAUCAAAAGCUCCUUUCUACAUACACACGAAAGGGCACAAACUUUAUGAAGUAAAAAAAGAGCAGUUUCGAAACCAAUUUAAUGUACGUUUACACAAGCUGGUAACAUCAUAUGAAAAUUAGAAUAAAUAAGUCAUUUAACAAAA